CGUGUCCAGCGGGGAAGCGUUGGCCAUCGCCCUGGAACCCGGAGCAGGGGACAGCCCUGGAGCCCGCGGUGGCACUUGCCACCACCCUGGAGCCCGCAGUGUCACUGCCACCACCCUGCUCCCCCCGAGAGCCGGCCCUGGGGGGCUGCGGACCGCGCUGCGGGGCCAGAGAUGAUGGGCUGAGCCUGCGUCCCACCCCAAGGCCAUGAGCUCCCCGUGCCCUCCUGACUCAGAUAUCUCCGCCUGGUUGGCCACCAUCCACCUGGAAAGGUACCGAGAUGUCUUCAAGCAGCACGGCUACCACGUGGCCGGAGAUGCCACCACGCUGGAUGGGGACAACCUGCACCAGAUGGGCAUCACUGCCACCGGCCACCGCAAAAGGAUCCUGAACCUGGUGCAGCAGACACGGCUGCUCAGCCCAGCCCGGGAGAAACCCCCAGCAGGAGACCCCCAGCUCCCAGCCACAGAGGUCCCGGGCGGUCCCCAAGCGGGCGAGGAUGCCAGGAGAGCAGAGCCAAGAGGGGGGUCUGAGAGCUUGGGGACCCAGCAGCGUGUCCCCCUGCCCACCCAACCAUCCCCUCUAGAGAAGGACCCUGCUCCUCCCCUCCUGAAACCAGUUCCCAAGCCCAGGACGGUUUUUCCCCGCUCCAAAGCCCAGCAGGGAUCGGGACACCCCCCCCAGGGGACACGCUCCGAGGUGCCAGGGCCACCAGGAGCCUUCGUGGUGCUGGAAGGGUUUGUGCCAGGGGAGAGUUCCACGGAUUUGGAGAGCCCUGAGCCAGGAGGAGCCGUGGCCAUGGGCAUGGGAGCAUCCCGGCUGCGAGCUCGGGAGGAGCCCCGGCUUCCCCCAGCUCCAGAUCAUGGACAAACCUGGGAAGCACGGAAGAAAUCCCCUCCAGCUGUCCCAUCUGUCCCACCCCGGCACAGCCACAGGACUCCAGCCACCCAACCCAACCUGGGGACCCUGGCAGAAGGUCACCCGGCAGCCAGCACCCCCCUGCCCACCACGGCCAGGACAGAUCCCUCACCAGGUCCCAGGGCCACCCGGCAGCCAAGCCCAGGACAGGGCAGGCUGGAGAUGGUCUCCAACGUCAUCUAUGAAGGACUCAGGUGCCCAGCAGCACCCACUGAGGACUCAGGAGGGGUGGAUGGUCCCCAGGGGCAGCCCCCGGCCCUGUCCCCUCAGGAGGUGGCCCAAGUGGACAACGUGACAGACAGGCUCAGCUGGCAUGGUGGGAACCUGCCCCCCAUCCCACAGAGACCCACCAGCAAGCCAGAGGUUGGUGAGCAGCCCGUCAGCCCCUACUGUGAGACCCUCUUUGGGCACGGAGCCCCCACCCGGGAUCAGAAGGGUGUCUGCAGCUCCUCUGAGCAGAACUACGAGGCCGUGUCUGAGCUGGACCUGGAGCCAGAAGCUUUCAGGAGAAGCAGCGGGGGCAGCAGCGAGGGGAGGAGUGAGGAUGAGGAGAGCCGCUCCCGCAUCAUCGACCGCAUCGUCCAGAACGACACCCACGGGUACUCCACUGUGGAUGCCCCACGAGCAGAGGACAUCCCCUUCAGCCUGCCAGCCCACCUCUACCCCGAUGAGGUGCAGGAGGACCUCACCAUCUCCCCUUACGCCAGCUUCAUGUCGCUCUCUGAGCCCCGACCCACCAUGCUCAGUGGCUGGCUGGACAAGCUCUCCCCACAAGGGAACUAUGUCUUCCAGAGGCGCUACGUCCGCUUUGAUGGGAAGAACCUGAUGUACUUCAGCAGUGAGAAGGAGCCCUACCCCAAGGGGGUGAUCCCACUGUCCGUGAUCCAGAUGGCUCGUUCCACCAAGGACAACAAGUUCCAGGUCUUCACCAGCCACAGGAUCUUCGUCUUCCGUGCCGAGAACGAGGCCCAGAGGAAUGAGUGGUGCUCCACGCUGCAGAAGAAGGUGACAGAACAACGUUUGGUGGGGUCCCAGCCCCGGCCAGCCAACACUGCUCACUGCCAGAAGUCAGGAACCCUGGAGAUGAAGGGUCAGAAGUCCAAAGUGUUUGCAGCCCUCAGCCUGCCCGAGCUGUGGCUCUACAAGAGCGAGCAGUUCUUCAAAACGGGGAUCGGGAUCUGCCUGAUCGAGCUGCGCGGCUCCACCAUCCGCGAGGCCAAGAACCGCGGCUUCGAGCUCAUCACCCCCUUCAAAACCUUCAGCUUCGUGGCAGAGUCGGAGAGAGAGAAGCGGGAGUGGAUGCAGGCUCUGCAGGAGGCCAUAGCUGAGAUGCUCUACGACUACGAGGUGGCAGAGAAGAUCUGGUCCAACAAAGCCAACAAGUAUUGUGCUGAUUGUUGGGCUCCGAGUCCAGACUGGGCAUCCAUCAACCUGUGCGUGGUCAUCUGCAAGCAGUGUGCGGGGCAGCACCGCAGCUUGGGCUCCAACAUCUCCAAGGUGCAGAGCCUGAAGCUGGACACCAGCGUCUGGUCCAAUGAAAUCGUCCAGCUCUUCAUCGUGCUGGGAAACAACAGAGCCAACAGGUUCUGGGCUGGUCACCUCCCUGCCACCGAGGUCCUGCACCCAGAGGCCAGUGCUGAGCAGAGGAGGGACUUCAUCUCCCGCAAGUACCGGGAGGGUCGGUACCGCCUGCCCCAUCCCCACUACAGCACUCAGGAGGAGGUGCUCCAGGCACUGUGUGCCGCAGUGACAGGACCAGCCCUGCUCAAGACUGUCCUGCAGUUCUUCUCAUCCUCGGAGGCUGGGCUGGCAGGUGACACUGCCACCAGCGAGGUGACCCCUGGUGCUGACAUUUGGUGGGGACCAGAGACCAAAAGGCUCAGGAACCAUUCAGGGACCCCCCCCCUGCAGGAACCAGGUCCAGAGGGUGUUUACAACGAGAUCACCCAGCCUGUCACCCACUGUGGGUACCUGUACCGGGCCAUCACCCCCCACAAGCUCCCCAGUGCCAAGAAGAGCAAAGAAGACUUCCAGAGGACCUGGUGCUCCCUGGAGAGAGCUCUGCUCUUCUUUGAGACCGAGAAGUGCCUGGAACCCUUGGGCCACAUCGAGAGUGGGGACCUCAUCUCCCUGGGUGUGAGCAGAGCCCAGGCACUCACCAGCCCUGGUCCCACUGAAAGGUUUCCUUUCACCCUCGAGCUCUUCCUCACCGGGGAGAAAGUGCAGCAGCUGGGAACUGAGGGGCCUGAGACCCUGCAAGCCUGGGCCAGUGCCAUUGGCAAGUGGUUCAGCCCCGUGAGCUGUCACUGCCACCUGGGCUACGAGUUCCAGCGGGUGGGCCAGCUGCGCUACAAGUGCAUGCUCAACCCUGAGAAGUGGCAGAAAGCCUUCUUCAUCCUGCAGAAAGCUCACCUCUUCAUCUGCCCCACCGAGGAGGAGGGGGCUGAGGACAGCAUCAACCUCCGACGGCUGCAGGAGCUCAGUCUGGUCCCCCCCACGGAGACACCGGAGAAGAAAGAGCUGCUGGUUCUGGUGGAGAUGGGGAGGACGUUUUACCUGCAGGGUUUGUCACGGGCAGACUCGGUGGCCUGGUACAGUGACAUCCAGGCCUCGGCGGGGGGCAGGGGGAACGCGCUGCGGGACCAACAGCUGAGCAGGGGGGACAUCCCCAUCAUUGUGGACAGCUGCAUCGCCUUCAUCACCCAGUAUGGGCUUCGGCACGAGGGGAUUUACCGGAAGAAUGGGGCCAAGUCCCGGAUCAAGGUCCUGAUGGAGGAAUUCCGCCGGGACGCCCGCAACGUCAAACUGCGCAUCAGCGACAACUUCAUCGAGGACGUCACCGACGUGCUCAAGAGGUUCUUCCGGGAGCUGGAGGACCCCGUCUUCACCCUGGAGCUGCACCCACAGUGGAAGGAAGCUGCAGAAAUCUCCUCGAAGCCCCAGCGCCUGGAGAGGUACAAGGAGCUCAUCCAUCGCCUGCCUCGCCUCAACCACAGGACCCUGGCUGCCCUGAUCGGGCACCUCUACAGGGUGCAGAAAUGUGCAGACCUCAACCAGAUGAGCACCAAGAACCUGUCACUGCUCUUCGCACCCAGCCUCUUCCAAACUGAUGGCAAAGGGGAGCACGAGGUCAAAGUGAUGGAGGAUCUCAUCGACAACUACGUCAGCAUCUUCAACAUUGAUGAGGACCAGGUAUCUCAGAUGGAUCUGGAGAACAGUCUGAUCACCACCUGGAAGGACACCCAGCUUUCCCAGGCUGGGGACCUCAUCAUCGAGGUUUACCUGGAGCAGAAGCUGCCCGACUGCUGUGUCACCCUGAAGGUGUCCCCCACGAUGACAGCAGAGGAACUCACCAACCAGGUGCUGGAGAUGCGCAACGUGGUGGCCAGCCUGGACAUCUGGCUGACCUUUGAGGCCCUGGAGAACGGGGAGCUGGAACGUCCCCUGCACCCCAAGGAGAAGGUGCUGGAGCAGGCUCUGCAGUGGUGCAAGCUCCCAGAGCCCAGUGCUGCCUACCUGCUGGUGAAGAAGGUCCCCCUGGGUGAGGGCAGCUGUCUCUUCACUGGUGCCAAGAGAGAGACCCCCAAGUGUGGGCUCCUGAAAUGUCGUGAGGAGCCCCCCAAGCUGCUGGGCAACAAGUUUCAGGAACGCUACUUCGUCAUCCGGGACCGGAGGCUCCUGCUCCUCAAGGAGAAAAGGAGUGUCAAGCCGGAGCGUGAGUGGUCCCUGGAUGCAGCCAAGGUUUACAUGGGCAUCAGGAAGAAGCUGAAGCCACCAGCCCAGUGGGGUUUCACCUUGACCUUGGACAAACAACAGCUGUACCUGGUGUGCUCGGGGCAGGCUGAGCUGUGGGACUGGACCACCAGCAUCCUCAAAGCUCAGCACGAUGACCUGCGUCCUGUCAUCCUGCGCCGGCGCUCCUCCUCUGACCUGGCCAAGCAGAAGUUUGGCACCAUGCCACUGGUGCCCCUCCACGGGGACAGCACGGAUGCCACCAUGCUCUCCGCCAACCAGACCCUGCGCCGCUUGCACACCCGGAGGACGUUGUCCAUGUUCUUUCCCAUGAAGAUGCACCAGGACUCCCUGGAGGAGCAGCAGGAGAAGGAGGUGGACACAGAUCCUGUCUACGAGGAGGUGGGAAACUUCCCAGAGCUGGAGCACCUGGCAGACCCCUCAGCCAUGCCCCCCGUGGACAGGUCCAAGAAGCCAACCCCAACCCCAGAGCAUCCCCUGGGCACCCCACUGCGUUCCUCCCUGCCCACCAACCCGGCCCAGAGCUUGGCAGAUCCUUCUGUCCCCAAAGCCCUGUCCCUCGAAAGGGGCUUGAACCUGGAGAGUGACAAAGGGGCUCAGACCCAGGGGCUCAGACCCACCAAAACGGCCUCUUUGGAGAGGAACGUGGAGCCUUCCCUGGUGCUGGCCAAGGACUGGGACCAGGUGGCCACACCGGGGAGCAGCCCCAGCUCAGAGCCCACCCUGGAGCUCUCCAGGAAGAGGAGUGUGCAGGCUCCCCCCCCCAUCAGUGACCAACUCCUCCAGGAGCUCAGCAGUGUCAUCCUCAGGAAGAACGAGGGCCCCGGCCAGCCUGUGACGUGACCCCUGGUGACAAAGGGACAGCCACCCACCCACCCCGGGGGUCAACUCAUGCCCGGUGGCAGUGACAAUGGGUACCCAACCUUCCCACCCCACGGUGUCCUCCUUCUGAUCCAGGCUGGGAGCAGGGACUGGUAGGGAGCAGGAGAUGGGGAUGCUGAGGGACGGUACCUGCUCGUGGGAGGGCUGGGGAUGCUGCCACACACACAAGUGCCACAUCUGCCACCAGGCCCUGGGCCACCCCACCCACACUUCCCUUUUUGCAUCUACUGUGGGAUGGAGGAGGAGGGGAUUGGGGUGGGAGUUGAAAGGAGCAGUGAGAGCCCAGCACAGGGGCCUGGUGAUGGAGGUCAACUCCUGCUCUGCCCGGGGUCCUUAUCCCUCUGCCUUCCACCAGCGGGGAGGAAUAAAGGUUUAUUUGGA